AUGUUGGCCACCUAUAGAUCUUUACCCCUAAGUGAAGAUGGUAGACGUCAACUGGCUGACGGCGAUUUUCUGCAUAAGUGUGCUGAGUUCUGUCAUUUUCUCAAGCAUACUGGUGGUCCUGAGAUCACCGCUAUCCUCAAGUGCUAUUUCGAUCCGAGGUCAACCACUAUCGACUUCGAUGAAGCAGCUAAAAAGGCCUCUAGAAGCUGCGUCACUUGUGCUCUCGUCAAGACCGACCCUGGCGAUAGACAACCCAAAAACCCCACAUCCGACGAUAUAGUCAUCCCUGACCGACCAUUUCAAGUAGCCAGUUUGGAUGUCCUUGGUCCUUACGUUACGACUACAACACCCAAUGGUUCGACCGAUCACUAA